UUAAUCUGGUUCCAACGGUUGUUGUGGAGCCUCCGGGGUAGAACCUCCUCUCUACUGCUUCGUGAGUAGGUUCCUGUGUCUUUAAAGACAACGCAGGUCAUUAUGUUAUUUAGAUGGUUGUAGAGGGUUUGGAAGGUUUCCAGGGGGGAGAGGAGGCCCUUGGGACGGUCCACACGUCCCUCAGGAGACACCAAUGAGGUUAAAGAGGGUUCAAAGAGUUCUCAAGGACGUCUAAUGGGCUCUCCGGGUCGGUUCCAGAGGUUCCUGGAGGCCUUCCAAAGUGCUGCAGUGGAGCUAAUAGCCGUGAGAAAAGCAACGCAGUAACCUGAACAAAGAGAGCGUGACUCCGCCCCCUAAACCCUGAAUACAUAAACGUUGUAAAAACACUCGCACACGUAUGUGAUAAAUACACAUCUGCAUGUAGGAGUGUGUGUCCACAUGCUGCCAGACCACCGCUCCCUGAAUGCACCCCCUGUUUACUCAGUGCUUUGAUAUCAGAGAGGAACUAACAAGGGUGGGGCUCCACCUACAGGAAGCCUGCUGGGAACCUUAGUCCAGGUGAUCUGGUCCUCAGGUGAUCUGGUCCUCGUUUCCUUAUGGUGGAAACGGAAACUAAUGGAACUCUGCAGGGAGAACCACCGUGUGUGUGUGUGUGUGUGUGUGUGUGUGUGUGUGUGUGUGUGUGUGUGUGUGUGUGUGUGUGUGUGUGUGUGUGUGUGUGUGUGUGUGUGCACAAUCCCACUGAGGAACCGCGGCAUCGUGGUGGGUGCACGGGGAGGAGGAGCAGCAGGAGGAGGAGGAGCGUGCACGUGGUGCAGAUCAGGGACCGAUGAGAGGAGUCCCGAGGAGGAGGUUCUGGUCUCGGGUUCACGCAGCAGAGUGAUGAUGAAGAUGAUGAUGAUGAAGGAGCUUCCCCGGGUCCACGCGCCCCCCCGGCCGGUGUGGUGAUGCGAGGCCCCGGAGACCUGCCCGCUGCUCGGAUCCACGACUCCCCGGGAUAACAUCACCCCCCCCCCACGAGAAGAGCCGACACCUUUAAAACUAAAUAAAAAAAGCAGCCCGACCGGGACCGGAGAGCGGGGGCGCGCCGGGCCGCGGGCGCGCGCAGAGCUGCGGACGCCUCGCAAGUUGAUUCUUUUAUACUUUAGUGUCAGAAAGUUUAAGGUCGUUUGUUAAAGAGUAUUUUAUUUCCAUCGUAAGUACUCCUUGAUGUGACGUGGUACCAACACGCAGUAUUUUGUACUCAGUCUUUGUUUUGAAUUCAGAACAAUACGGAAAUAAGUUAAAUAACGUGUUUUUUUCACGUCACGGCCGAAAAUAAAAAGUACAGAAUCUGCAUUUUUAAUCUUAUUAAAUCUUCCACUUUAAAUCCUCUUUCUGCUGCAAAUCCCAGUCGAUCGAUCGAUGAUCGAUUGGCCGAUCAGGUCCGCAGUGAUGCUCCUCCUCCUCCUCCUCUUCCUCCUGCUGCUGGCGGGAAGCUGCGGCCGCUCGGAGCCGGCGGUUCGAUCCCCGGGGACCGGCAUGGAGAGACCGGGGGGUCAUCGAGAUCCACGGCACAAGGAGAAGUUCAUCAGACACCUGAAAGGUCCUCUCCACUUCAACCCCAAGUGCAGGAAACAAUUCUACAGACUGUACCACAGCACCAGAGACUGCACGGUACCUGACCAUUAUAGGCGGUGUGCUCGUCUGCUGACCCGAUUGGCCAACAGCCCCCACUGUGCGGAGGGAUGAGCCCGAGCAGAUCCUUCGAGGUCCUUCCACUGAUGAGCAGCAGACCUUCUCCAGCCAAUAGAAAGGCUCCACACUGGAGGACUCGAGGACUCAUGGACGUCAGCAGGAGCUUUCAUCUGGGACCGAAUGUCUUCUUCACCUUCUUUGUGUUAUUUGGAGGAAAGACAUGGACAAACCCUCCAAUCGGACAAAUAACUUUUAGGCUUCUUGUUCUGGACGAUGGAAAAUGAUCAAAGAUGCUGAAUGUGUUUAUAAUAACUGAUACUAUCUGAGUAUAUUUAUAUUGUUUAAGCCCUGGGUGCAAUAUGUACAUACUGAAAACACACAUUUUAUAUGUUUUUCUCACGUUAACGUUAGCAUAUUGGGCCAACUUUACCUAAUCCCUGUAUAAAGACUAUUCUUUAUAUUUAAGCAGCGUGGUGCCAAGGAUUGUGGGUAAUUGCAUCAUAGUUGUCCGGAUCCGGAGAUCAGCUUCAUUCACUUCUCCUCUUUACGUGAACAUUAAACAUGACGACACAUGAGUUGGCUGUGCGUUAUUGAGCUUACAAUGGAAGCAAUGUGGGAGGAGCUACGAGGUGACAGGUAGCGACUAAUCCGUGAUGGACGGACACACACACACACACCGUUUCACCUGUGCGUUAAACAAACAGACUUUGGGACGCACCUGUGGGGGCGUGGCCAGCAUGAGCAGGUAAAGUGUCUUGUUGAUGGUAUGUCUCUAAUUGUCUCCAAUCACAGAUCCAGUGGGCUGGGAGGACUAGUGAAGUCCUGCAUGUGGACGCAUGGACGGCCGAGGACGAAGUCCAGCCAGAGCUUCCUGAGAGUGAGGAAGAGGAGGGUAGAAGAUGCAGAGGAAGGCGGUCACAGCGUGUACCUGUUUCUGAGAGGAGGAGGUUCUCAUGGAGCUGUGAGAUGAACCCGCUCGGAUGAGGACAAGGAGCUCCAUGAUCUCCUUCUGUGGAUCUGAAACGGACUCGGAAGACUUGGAACGUCCUUCUGACCUGGGACUGGGAGGCCUGGACU